AUGCCAGGUGAGUUGGAGCGGAGCAUUCAGAACAGUUCGGUUACAGAAGUAGGUCCACUCGAUGUGCUGGAUAGCAGCCUUCCGCCAUUCCCGACACUUUCGCCAUCUCAAGCACAGUGCGCUAAUCCUUCAGGCGCUCUCAGUAACAGUGAAUCAACGAAAAGAACAUCCAAGGAUAUGGGAGAAUUCUUCAAUUCAGGUGAAACAGUCGGCCCAAUUGAACGUUAUUUUCAAAAUCUACGUCUAACAGAACUGCAGGAAUUAACUGUUGAAAGGAAGGGUCUGCUUUUUACAAACUAA